AUGACUCAACUUAACGGACAGAGCCGGCAGCCAGGCACCUACCUCAACGGCCACCGCAAGUUCUUCGAGGACUUUGGUGUCUGGAAGGAGGCACCUCUCCUAAAGGGAAGCACCAAGUUUGAGCCUCUUCCCGAUGUCAAGAACAUCAUGAUUACAGGUGGUGCUGGCUUCAUCGCAUGCUGGCUGGUUCGCCAUCUCACUCUCACUUAUCCUGACCACUACAACAUCGUGUCCUUUGAUAAGCUGGAUUACUGCUCCUCCCUCAACAACACUCGUGUCCUGAAUGAGAAGAGCAAUUUCACCUUCGUCCACGGCGACAUCACCAACCCUACGGAAGUCGUCAACUGCUUGAAGAGAUACAACAUCGAUACUAUUUUCCACUUUGCCGCCCAGUCCCACGUCGACUUGAGCUUUGGCAACUCAUACGGCUUCACACACACCAACGUUUAUGGCACUCACGUACUUUUGGAGAGUGCCAAGAGCGUCAAUAUUAAGCGAUUUAUUCACAUCUCAACGGACGAGGUUUAUGGAGAAGUAAACGACGACGAUGACGAUCUCCUUGAGACGAGCAUCCUCGCCCCCACCAAUCCCUAUGCCGCCAGCAAAGCCGCCGCGGAGAUGUUGGUACAAUCGUACCAGAAGAGCUUCAAGCUUCCUGUUAUUAUUGUUCGCAGUAACAACGUCUACGGACCGCACCAAUUCCCCGAGAAAAUCAUUCCGAAGUUCACCUGCCUACUGAACCGGGGCCAGCCCGUUGUGCUCCACGGUGACGGAAGUCCCACUCGGAGGUAUCUAUUCGCAGGAGACGCUGCCGAUGCCUUUGAUACCAUUCUGCACAAGGGCCAGAUGGGCCAGAUCUACAAUGUGGGCUCCUAUGAUGAAAUCUCCAACAUUGAUCUCUGCGGUCACCUCCUCAAGGAGAUGGGUAUCCCUCACAACACCAAGGAAGAGUUCAAGAAUUGGGUCAAGUAUACCCAUGAUCGUCCCUUCAACGAUCAUCGCUACGCUGUUGACGGCACUAAGCUGCGUCAGCUCGGAUGGGACCAGAAGACCAGCUUCGCCGAAGGUCUGAAGAUCACUGUCAACUGGUACCGCCAGUUCGGUGAGGAAUGGUGGGGUGAUAUCAGCCAGGUUCUGACACCUUUCCCAGUUGUUCAAGGUCUGGACGUGUCUGGAGACCAAGAGCCCAUUGGUGACUCGCCUCUUACUCCUGAGAACAAAAAGAGAAAGGCUGUUGAAGGGGUCAACGGCCACGGAAAUGGCCAUGCCGUUACGGCUUAG